AUGGAUGGAACCACAUCCAAAAGCGAGGCCCAUGGCCAUGACAAGCCUACGGAUGGAGCUGAUACUAUUCCCAAGGGCGAUGAAUAUCGAGCAUCACGACCUGGUAAGGUCAGGUUGAAAUCCACACAUUCGUCCAGCCGGAGAUCCCGCGAUAAAAAGCGAUCGCGCGAGGAAGACGACCCUCAUGAACAUGGCAGACACCGACACCACCAUCAUCGGCACCGUCGUCGCCGUCAUCACAAAGAUCCCGAACCAGAGCCAGAGGAAUAUCGCUCACCACCUGUUUCACCCAACACAGCGUUUCGCGAAUCAUUAUUCGAUGCACUUGCCGAUGACGAAGGGGCUGAUUAUUGGCAAGCAGUGUACGGCCAGCCAAUACAUACAUAUGCCCGACCAGACGAGAGAGGAGAGUUGGAGAAGAUGACUGAUGAUGAAUAUGCAGCCUAUGUCAGGGCACGUAUGUGGGAGAAAACCCAUCAGGGGUUAAUAGAAGAAAGGGAACGACGGAGGAAAGUUCGAGAAGCUGAAAGGGAGCAGGCCAGGGGAUAUGGAAGAUAUUCUGCUAGAGCAGAGACGGAGCGCGAAGCGUUUGAUAGGAUAGUGGAAGAAAGCCUGAAACGUGGCAAGGAAAGGAAGACUAGAAAAGAGCAGGUGAAUAUCUGGCUUGAUAUCUGGAAACGGUAUCUUGAUUGCUGGGAGAAUUUGAAUAACCGGGCUCAAGAAGGUCAGGCUUCUUCCAGCCCGGCGGAUUCUCUCCGUAACAUAAUUGUCUGGCCUGUCGAGUCCGGCAAGCGAAAGGAUGUAAAAAUGGAUUCAGUGAAGCAAUUUGUGAGCAACGCCCCUGUUCCGAACGGUGGCUCCGAACCAGAACAUUCCAGUUCUAGGACAUCAAGACAUUCGAACAUGUUGGCUGUUUUGAAGCUGGAGCGUGUGAGAUGGCAUCCUGAUAAAAUACGGCAUAGAUAUGGAGUUUUGGGAGUUGAUGAUGAUAUGGUUAAGGCUGCCACUGAAGUAUUUCAGAUUCUAGAUCGGAUAUGGGUGGAAGAGCAAGCUAAAUGA